AUGAAUCCAAAAUCAUCUAAUGAUUUUCUUAUAUUGUUCUUUAUUAUAAAUUGGUUAGUAGCAACCAUUUUUUGCUAUGAACCAAGUUCACGAGGAUAUCACGGCAGUAUUCUUAUAGGAAAAAGGAUUUAUUAUUUUGGUGGCUAUUAUUUAGUGAGAAAGAGUGAUGCAUUUUGGUUUAAUGUUACGACUUCAAAAUAUACUUCUGUUGCCAAUAUCCCCGCUUAUAUUUAUGACUCUUCUCCAGUGGUUGAUCCUAAAGAUGAAAAUAUUUGUUUGUUGAUUGGAGGUAAUUCUUCCAAAGUAAAUUAUGACGGGGAUUAUGAGAGUCAAAAGCAAGCCUAUAGAUUUGAUACCAUAGCUUCCAAUUGGUCCGUAGUAAAAACUUCCAAUGUACCUUUUAGGUUUCCAAAUUACUAUUAUUUCGGAGGCGUAUCAGAUAAUAAUGGAAAUAUGUAUUUUUUUAAUCACAAUUAUUCAUCAGUUAAUUCUUAUGAUAAACUUGAUAUUAAUGCGAUGUCUUGGUCAAGCUUCAACAACUCUGGAGAUCUUCCCGGAGAAUUUAAUGGGAUAUUUUUAUCAAGAGCUAUGAAUGAUCUUUUGUUUUUUGAUACCAAUUCAUCAGAAUGGUCUACAGCUACAGCACAAGGUGAAAACAUUGGUGGUCGUUACGAUCACACUGCUGCAUUAACGAGUGACAAUCGUCUUAUUAUUUAUGGUGGUCUUUCUUUUUGGGGUUUUGGGUAUAAAGGACCUAAUCCUACUGUAGCAGUAUUAAAAAUAGGAUCUUCAUCUUAUGAAUGGUCUAUUCCAAGUAGUGAUAAGGAGUCUCAUCCACCACUAGCUGGCCAUUCAGCUACAAUUUACAAAGACCAAAAGGAACAAAUGUUCAUUGCAUUUGGUUAUGACCCAAUAACCGAAAAUACUAGAUAUGAAACUAUAUUUGCUCUUAAUACAGAUGACUUGUCUCGGGAAGAUCAUUCUAACAAUCCAAAUAUAAAGCUUAUAGUUUACAUUUCUCUUGGUGUUGUUGCUGGAUUAUUUAUUAUAGGGAUAAUAAGAACCUGUUUCCCUCUAAAACGAAAACCUCGAAAACGAAAAAGCAGGCAAACAAAUGAUAAUGUUAUUACAAAUGAUAAUGUUAUUACAAAUGAUAACAAUAGUGACAACCAAGAUGUGGCAAAUAGUGGAGUAAAUCAAAAUCCCGUGGUUGCCAGAAUUGAUGUGAAUAUCAAUAAUGUUGAUAACAAUAAUCCUGGACACAAUCGAAAUCCUGGAUAUAAUCCUGAAUAUAAUCCUGGUUAUAAUCCUGGAUAUAAUCGAAAUCCUGGAUAUAAUCCUGAAUAUAAUCCUGGAUAUAAUUCUGAAUAUAAUCCUGGUUAUAAUCCUGGAUAUAAUCGAAAUCCUGGAUAUAAUCCUGAAUAUAAUCCUGGUUACAAUCCUGGAUAUAAUCCUGGUUAUAAUCCUGGCUAUAAUCCUGGAUAUAAUCCCGGAUAUAACCCUGAAUAUUCCAAUAAUCUCAAUAAUCCUCCUAGAUAUUUCAAUCAUCCUGGUGAUGUUAACAUUAAUGGACAUAUUAAUAAUUAUCCUGGAUAUUCCAAUAAUAUUGAUAAUGGAAAUUAA